UCAUAUAAAAUAAUAUUCUGAAAAAGAAAUAUACUUUAAUUGACAUAGUGUCGUGAAUAUUUGGAAAAAAAUUAUAAUUAAAAUAAGUAUGAUAUCGUUUUGACAGACAAAAAAAUGGUUAAAAAACACUUGGAAAUAAAAUAAUAUUACAAAAAUAUUCUCUUUAUAAGUAAACUCGUAUGGAUGCCUUCUCUUUCAUUCUCUCCAUGAACUCUCUCUCCCUCUCUGUACUCUUUUUAUCAAUUCCUAUUUGAUUCAAACAUUUCCUUUUUGGGUUCGUUGAGUCUGUAGAAAAUGUCUGAGAACGAAGUCAAGGAUCCUCGUAUCGAUGGCAUCAAAACUAAGAUCCGUGUCGUUCCAGAUUUUCCCAAGAAAGGAAUAAUGUUCCAAGACAUAACAACACUGCUGCUGGAUCCUAAAGCUUUUAAAGACACUAUUGAUUUGUUUGUUGAGAGGUAUCGACACAUGAACAUCUCGGUGGUUGCAGGUAUAGAGGCUCGCGGUUUCAUUUUUGGUGCACCCAUCGCAUUAGCCAUUGGAGCAAAAUUCGUUCCUCUUCGUAAACCCAAGAAAUUGCCCGGCGAAAUAAUAUUCGAAGAGUAUGAGUUGGAGUAUGGAAGUGACCGGUUGGAAAUGCACGUCGAAGCUGUAGAUUCCGGUGAUAGAGCAUUGGUCGUAGAUGAUCUUAUUGCUACGGGCGGGACUCUCUGUGCUGCCAUGAAUUUGCUCAGAAGAGUUGGAGCAGAGGUCGUUGAAUGUGCAUGCGUUAUCGAGUUACCCGAAUUAAAUGGGAGGGAGAGAUUAGAAGGAAAGCCAUUGUAUGUUCUCGUUGAGUAUCGAUGAAGUCAUUAUUAUUUUUAAAAUUGGAGAAAAUUAGUGGG